CAUCCAGAGAAGACACUUUCAUCUGCAACCAUCAACUAAAACAGCAGCUUGCCAUUAACAGAGUCUUCUCAUCUGAGCUGCUUCAGUCUACAACAUCUGUCACUACAUCAAAGAACACAAUAGUUCCUGGUGUUCAGAAUCACUUUCCAGGAUUUCUUGAAUUUCCUGCUAAUGUUGCCGUCCAGAAUGCUAAAACAGAAAGCAGUAGUUGCAGCAGUGUCGCAGCAUCCGAGGACCCUUGUAAACAAAGUGAUUGGCAGGAAUGGGCUGACCAAUUAAUCACCGAUGAUGAUACCUUAGCUUCUAACUGGAGUGAGCUUCUUAUAGAUAACAAUAUUGCAGAUACGGAACCAAAGAUGGCAUACCAGGUGCCUAAACCAUCUAUACAUGUAUCUGUACCACAAUCCCAAGUUUCUCAGCAGCUUCCUCCUCCUUCUGGAGAAAGUCGUGCUGUUGUUACAUCCACUUCCUCGGCAAAUAGUGGACCAUCAAAGCCACGCAUGCGUUGGACACCAGAACUUCAUGAAGCUUUUGUGGAGGCUGUUAGUAAGCUUGGUGGUAGUGAAAAAGCCACUCCUAAGGGUGUCCUUAAGCUCAUGAAAGUUGAAGGCUUGACUAUUUAUCAUGUGAAAAGCCAUUUGCAGAAAUAUAGGACAGCCAGAUACAGACCGGAGUCAUCUGAAGGAUCAUCAGAGAAAAGAUUGACUCCUAUUGAUGAGAUAUCAUCUCUUGAUCUGAAAACGUAAGUCUCUU